UCAUGGCUCCCCUGGCCGAAAUCGGGGGCUUCCUGGGCGGCCUGGAAGGCUUGGGCCAGCAGGUGGGCUCCCAUUUCCUCUUGCCCCCCGCCGGGGAGAGGCCGGCCUUGCUGGGCGACCGCCUGGCUCAAGUCGAGAGAGGCUCCUCCCGAGGGGGCGUCGGAGCCACGGAUCUAGCCCACUUGCAGGGCAUCCUGCGCCGGAGGCAGCUCUACUGCCGGACGGGCUUCCACCUGCAGAUCCUGCCCGACGGCAGCGUCCAGGGCACGAGACAGGACCACAGCCUCUUCGGUAUCCUUGAAUUCAUCAGUGUGGCAGUGGGAUUAGUCAGUAUUCGAGGGGUGGACAGUGGCCUUUAUCUUGGAAUGAAUGAGAAAGGAGAACUCUACGGCUCUGAGAAGCUCACUCCUGAAUGUGUCUUCAGAGAACAGUUUGAAGAGAACUGGUACAACACUUACUCCUCCAAUGUGUACAAGCAUGGCGACUCAGGCCGGCGGUACUUUGUGGCACUUAACAAAGAUGGCAGCCCCAGAGAUGGGGCACGGUCCAAAAGACACCAGAAGUUCACUCAUUUCUUGCCCAGGCCUGUGGAUCCUGAAAGAGUGCCAGAACUCUACAAGGAUUUGUUGACAUUCACUUGAAGUUCAACGCAGAAGGGGAAUGGAAUCUUAGUCUCGACACAAAGAAAUCUGGAGUGCUGAGGAGAUCUAGGAAGCCAGCUUGGAGAGGCCAUUUAGCGGUAGAGAAGCCUUCAUUUCCUAAUAUCUGGAUUUAGGAGAAAGAGCCUUACAGUGAAGUGGUCCAAUGUCUUUUAGGUUUAUUCGAUAAUGUGCUGGUCAAGUAGACGACAGAAAGUUGAAAAUGGACAAUUUACGUACCAGACUGAGACUCAACUACUCUGGAUUAUUUCCUCCCUACUGUAGAACAUGAAUAAA